CGAAACCGCCGUAGCUUGCCCUUCUGUUUUAUAAGAGACCAAAGGUGGUAGCAUCAGUCGGAGAAGUCAAGGCCCCGUUGAACUUCUACGAGCGGCAACUUCACUCUGACAGAUUCUUGGAUGUUUACGUCUUCUGCCGUUUUUCUUGUUACUCUUUCCCUCGUUCGCUUCGCUCUUUUCCCCUACAUUAUUCAUCCUCACCAACCACCUCUCAAUACUCUCUUCUACUUGAAAUUAAGAACAAUCUCUGCGUUUCAUGGACUCUAUCUCGCGUUCUGCGAUCGCCGGCCCCACAUUCACUGCCUCCCUUCGCUGUCAUCGCUCCCAUGGCUUCUCCUUCCUAAAUUCUCGCGUUCCGAGUCCCACUUUACGCAGAGUCGCCAAACGAGGUAGCAUAUUUGCAGAGAUUCAGAAGCAGAGUCCGGCGAUUGAUUUCAGUGAUCCUGAUUGGAAAAUCAAAUACCAGACUGAUUUUGAACGGAGAUUUAAUAUCCCUCAUAUCACUGACUUGUUUCCUGAUGCUGAGUCCAUUCCCUCCACGUUCUGUCUCAAGAUGAGGACUCCGGUGUUAGAGGACUUUGCUGAUGGUUAUCCAUCUGACGAGGAGUGGCAUGGCUACAUUAACAAUAAUGACAGGGUGCUUUUGAAGGUCAUACGUUUCUCGUCUCCAACAUCUGCUGGAGCUGAGUGCAUUGAUCCUGGUUGUACUUGGGUUGAACAAUGGGUUCAUCGUGCUGGGCCUCGGGAAAAAAUAUACUUCAAACCAGAAGAAGUAAAGGCAGCUAUUGUAACUUGUGGUGGGUUAUGCCCUGGUCUCAAUGAUGUCAUCAGACAGAUUGUAAUUACCCUUGAAAUAUAUGGCGUCAAAAAGAUAGUGGGAAUUCCUUUUGGUUAUCGAGGAUUAUCUGACAAUGAUUUGAGUGAAAUGCCGCUAUCAAGGAAAGUAGUUCAAAAUAUUCAUCUUUCUGGUGGAAGCUUGUUAGGAGUUUCGCGUGGAGGACCUAGUGUUAGUGACAUGGUGGAUUGUAUGGAGAAAAGAGGAAUCAACAUGCUUUUUGUGUUAGGUGGGAAUGGUACACAUGCUGGAGCUAAUGCAAUACACAAUGAGUGCCGUAAACGAAGGUUGAAAGUGGCUGUAGUUGGUGUUCCAAAAACUAUAGACAACGAUAUUUUGUUGAUGGACAAAACUUUUGGUUUUGACACUGCUGUUGAAGAAGCACAGAGAGCAAUAAAUUCUGCAUACAUUGAGGCACAUAGUGCUUAUCACGGUAUUGGAAUUGUGAAAUUGAUGGGUCGUAGCAGUGGAUUUAUAGCCAUGUAUGCAGCCCUAGCUAGUGGACAAAUUGAUAUAUGUUUGAUUCCAGAGGUACCAUUUCAUUUACAUGGGCCUCAUGGUGUUUUGAGGCAUUUGAAAUACCUAAUUGAGAAAAAGGGAUCAGCUGUUGUUUGUGUGGCAGAGGGAGCUGGACAGAGUUUCCUUGAGAAAACUAAUGCUACUGAUGCAUCUGGAAACAUUGUGCUCGGAGAUAUUGGGGUGCACAUUCAACAAGAGACAAAAAAAUAUUUUAAGGAGAUUGGAGUUCAUGCUGAUGUGAAGUAUAUUGAUCCAACGUACAUGAUCCGUGCAUGUCGCGCAAAUGCAUCAGAUGGAAUCUUAUGUACUGUUCUUGGACAAAAUGCCGUGCACGGAGCAUUUGCUGGAUACAGCGGAAUUACAGUAGGAAUUUGCAACACUCACUACGUCUACUUUCCCAUUCCUGAAGUUAUUUCUUAUCCCAGAGCCGUAGACCCUAACAGCCGCAUGUGGCAUCGUUGCUUGACUUCAACAGGCCAGCCUGACUUUAUCUAAUUUUCUUAUGCCUUACUAAUUUAUGCUAAACAGCUAAGAAACCAGAGUUUCAAAAAGUUCAUUGAAAGUUCAUAAUACCAGCUUUGGAGGGCUGCCAGUCAGCUACAGAUUUUUCAUCAACACAGACUCUUGAAAUAAUUGAGAGGAUGAAGUUUCCUCUUAUAUGGAAAAUUUAUGCAGGGUGUAGUGUUUCGGUGCCAGUUUUAGAAUUCAAAAAGGCAACAUAGUAAUAAAAUGUUGUGGGAAAAUCAUCCAAACGAUUUGUGCUUGACAUAUAAAUUCUGAUUCAAUUGUGUAACAUUUCUGUAACUAUAUUUAUAUAUAAAAAUUUUGGCAGUUCAUCAUGUGAAGUAGACCUCUGCUGAAAUUUUAAUUAUCCUUGAAAUUUGUCA